CUAGGGCUGGUCACAUUUCAGUCAACUGUCAACCCAUAACGGGUACGGAUCGGAAAUUUCGACGAAAUAGAGGAAAAAAAUCUUCCUGGCCGGGAAAACGUUUUCGGUUAGCAAUUGUUAUUGUUUUUUUUUUUCAAUUUUUUUUUUGAAAUUCGAGUGCGGAACUAAACGAGUGAUAUAUUACGAACUACAGUGAAGUGAAUCUUUAACGAGCAUUCCUGAUUAAAAGUAUUUUAACAGCAUUUAAGCGAAACGGGUUGCUUUUAUAAAAUCCAACUGUGAAGUGACUUGACACCCGAUUGGAUUAAAUCGAGCAUAAACAUUCUUCAAGCUAAAAUUAUCAACAUUUGAGGCGAUGUCGCGAACAUCAAGCGACAGCCAGCUAGACAAGGGCCACAUCAAAUCGGCUGCAGUCUACAACAUCCACGGUUUGGCUAAUUCCCAGGCGUCCCUCAACUUUCCCACCAUUCACAAAGACGUUCCUGGUUACCGGGGUAGCAAUGAAUUUAUUCUAUCCGACGACCGGCGGUCUACCAUGGACCAGCUGCGGGAGAUAGGGCCCUGGUGCCGGAGGAAGUGCCAGAAUGUCUGCCGCAAGAAGAUCCUGUACAAGCGCAUCCCGGUGCUCAAUUGGCUGCCGAAGUAUACGGCCCAGGAUGCGGUCGGUGAUCUUGUGGCCGGAUUUACCGUGGGUCUCACGGUGAUACCCCAGGCGUUGGCCUACAGCAGUAUCGCCGGACUGCCGGCAGCGUACGGUCUCUAUGGCUCCUUCCUCGGUUGCUUUGUGUACAUCUUCCUGGGCAGCUGCAAGGACGUCCCGAUGGGCCCUACGGCUAUUGCAUCCCUGCUCACGGCUCAGGUGACCAAUGGCAUUUGGGAACGAGCUGUGCUACUCUGCUUCCUAUCCGGUAUUAUCGAACUUCUGAUGGGCAUCUUUGGCUUAGGCUUCCUCAUUGACUUCGUAUCCGGACCGGUCAGUUCUGGCUUCACCUCGGCCGCUGCUUUGAUUAUCCUGAGCUCCCAGGUGAAAGAUUUACUUGGAAUAACGGCCAGGGGUAAUACCUUCAUCGAACAGUGGGACGCCAUUUUCAAGGACAUUCACAACACCCAGAUUGGGGAUUGCAUCAUGGGGUUCACCUGCAUCGUGGUGUUGCUGUUGAUGAGGUUGCUUCCACGGGUGAAGAUCGGUCCUCCGGAGGAAGAUCAACAAACGGUGCUGCAGAAGAUCUUCAAUAAAUCGCUGUGGCUCAUUGGAACGGCUAGGAAUGCUAUCAUUGUGAUUGUUUGCGGAGCCAUCGGGAAGAUCUACUACGCGAAUGAUGGUUCGGCGCCAUUCCGAAUGAUCGGACAAGUUCCGCAGGGAUUGCCAUCGGUUCAACCGCCACCGUUUUCCGUUCCGGAAUUGUUGUUGGAAGAUGGUCAAGUGCACUCGGCCGAGACCUUCGGCGAUAUGCUAGGUCAUUUGGGAUCUAUGCUGAUCGUUAUACCCCUGAUUGCGCUACUCGAGGACAUAUCGAUCUGUAAAGCAUUUGCUGACGGCAAAUCGGUGGACGCCACUCAGGAAUUGAUCGCAAUCGGUGUUUCGAACAUCGCUAACUCGUUUGUCCAGGGAUAUCCGGGUACCGGUGCUCUUUCCCGAGGAGCCGUCAACAACGCUAGUGGAGUACGAACUCCGUUCGGUGGACUCUACACCGGUAUCAUCGUAAUCCUAGCGCUGCUGUUCUUCACGCCUGCCUUCUUCUAUAUCCCGAAGGCAGCCCUGGCAGCUAUCAUCAUUGCAGCUGUAGUGUUCAUGGUGGAAGUGCGCGUUGUUAAGCCCAUGUGGAGAAGUAAAAAGACGGAUCUGAUCCCCGGAAUCGCUGCGUUCAUUGCUUGUUUGGCACUUCCGAUCGAAUUCGGCAUUCUGGUUGGCAUUGGAUUGAACAUCCUGUUCAUUCUGUAUCACGCAGCUCGUCCCAAGAUUCAUAUGGACCAGAUGAUCACUCCCUGUGGCAUCAAAUUUCUCAUGCUGACGCCCGACCGAAGUCUCAUUUUCCCGUCUUCUGAUUUCGUAAGGAAUCUGAUCAACAAGCACGGCCUCAAGAAUCAAACUCCGGUGGUAAUCGACUGUACGCACAUCUACGGUGCAGAUUUCACGGCGGCCCAGGUCAUCGAUACCCUGAUCAAGGACUUCAAGGCCCGGAAUCAGAUGUUGCUGUUCCUGAACUUGAAGCCUUCGGUGUGUAACGUUUUCGAGGGAGCCGAUCUUGAGUACCGAGUCUUCUACGAUCUGGAACAGCUAGAAAAAGCUAUCCAGGAAAUUCGUCGAAAGAGCUUCCAGGCGUAGACAUUUGGAAGUUAGAAUCGGCUUAGGCAGCGGCCAUCAAAGAAACUCAGGACCAUUCUAACCGCUACUUAAAACACAGAAACACACAAAACUACUUACUAUUAGGUUAAUAUUUAUUAGCAGUUUAUUGGCUACGAUGUCAAACGUGAUCCUAGAUAUUAAGCCCAAACAUCCGACAGGUGGAAGUUGGUACUGAAACUUCUGCCGCUCAGUUACACCCUUAGGGAAAUUCAUUUUUUCUUCAAAUUAUUAGUUUAUAUUUCCUAUAAACGACCACGAAUGAUUUGUGGUGUUGUCUAUCAUAAUUUCGUUUUGUUCCUUUUUAAGUCAGCUUUUCAGAUUUAAUUUGUUUUCACUCCCGGAAAUGCUGGACGGUAUUAGAUCGAACGAAAAGGAAGCAUGCGUUAGCUUGGCUUGCUAUUGAGUAGCGCGAUAGUUAGAGUGUAGUCGACCGUAAUGGGCGCUACACGUUACGAGCUUAACAAACAAAAACCAAUAGAAAAGACGUUAUAAGCCAAAUGAAAGUUUUUGUAGAUUAAGCGAUUUGACUAGUGACGUUAAGGCGAGCUUAGUAAUUGGUUGGAUUAUGUAUUGAUUAUGUUCCUUUAUUUUAAAUAAAACUCAUGGAAAUGUUAAA